CAACAGUUGCCUCGAGACCCCCGCUCGCCAUAGUGACUGUAGUCGUGGAGACAGUUACUUACCAACGGGAGCAACACUCAGCAACAGCAGCAGCAACUGGAGGAGAGAAAGAGAGUGGGAAAAGAACAGUAAAGACAGGGCGGAUCUAAGCAGAAGGCUAAGGUGAAAUCAUGCAGCGGACAGAGGGCGGCUCAGAGUCAGCGUCCACUGUGGCACUGAGAACAUCCACUUCAGCCCAGGCGCUGGUGGUGCAGCCCGUUCCCGCCUCACAACAGCGUGUGUUAGUUCAGGCCACUGGUUCUUCCCAGAAGGGAGCUCAGGUGCAGCAGUUGCCAGUGCCUAGAGUGCAACAGGUCCCUCAGCAGGUCCAACAGGUUCAGCAUCUAUACCAGUCCCAGGUGCAGUAUGUGGAGGGAGAAGAGGCGGUCUACCCCAAUGGCACAAUUCGAACUGCAUACUCGUAUAACCCAGAGUCACAGCUUUAUGGACAGGGCAGUGGAAGCAACUAUUUCGACUCUCAAGCCGGGGGCACCCAGGUCACCACCGUUGUCUCCUCUGCUGGUGGAGUGCCAACCCACGGCAUGGUGGGCAUUGCCAUGGACGUGGGCGGCAGUCAGAUAAUUUCCAGCGGCAGUGCGUACCUGAUCCACAGUGGGAUGGAGGGUGGCCGCCACCUCUCUUCUCACUCCGCCCGCUCCUCAUCUGCAAUGCUUGAAAUGGCGAUUGAAAACCUCCAAAAGUCAGAAGGGAUUGCCACUCACAAAAGCAGCCUGCUCAACAGCCAUUUGCAGUGGCUGCUGGAUAAUUAUGAGACGGCUGAAGGAGUGAGUCUGCCACGCAGCUCUCUGUAUAACCACUACUUGAGACACUGUCAAGAACAGAAACUGGAUCCGGUGAAUGCUGCCUCCUUCGGCAAACUCAUACGCUCUGUUUUCAUGGGCCUUCGCACACGCCGACUUGGCACCAGGGGGAACUCAAAAUACCAUUAUUAUGGCAUUCGUCUGAAGCCUGACUCACCCCUCAACCGCUUUCAGGAGGACUCUCAGUACAUGGCAAUGAGACAACAACCUGUCCAUCAGAAACAAAGGUUCAAGCCCUUCCACAAGGUGGACGGGAUGGGGGACCACCUGUCCAGCCCCCAGCAUUCCUCCAGCACCCCUGAGCAAAGCGUGGCGGCCCAGAGCCAGCAUCACCAACAGUACAUCGAUGUGUCCCACGCCCUGCCCCCCUUUCCUUCUCCUGAUCUCGGCUCGUGUCCUCUGCCUGAGCCAAUCAGCAUGAACGAUGUGAAAAAAUUGCAGAGCAACUACAGGAUCCACUGUGAGGCAACUCUGGAUGUAGUAAUGAACCUACAGUUCCAUCUCAUAGAGAAGCUAUGGCAGACCUUUUGGUAUUCAACAGCGCCAUCUAGUGACGGAGCCACUACCAUUACUAACAGUGAUGAAGAUGUGGAAGAGAUCAGAGGUUUCCCCAGAGAGAAGCUGAUUGCUCUGUGUAAAUAUGAACCAAUCCAACUGUGGAUGAGGAGCUGUGAUCACAUUCUGUACCAGGCACUGGUAGAAAUACUUAUCCCUGAUGUACUGCGACCUGUUCCCAGCACCCUCACUCAAGCUAUCCGAAACUUCGCUAAGAGUCUGGAGGGGUGGCUGACCUCAGCCAUGAGCGACUUCCCACACGAGAUUGUCCGCACCAAGGCUGCAGUAGUGAGUGCGUUUGCACAGACCCUGCGCAGGUACACCUCUCUGAAUCACCUGGCUCAGGCUGCACGCGCCGUCCUGCAGAACACCUCUCAGAUCAACCAGAUGCUCAGUGACCUCAACAGAGUGGACUUCGCUAACGUUCAGGAGCAGGCAUCCUGGGUGUGUCAGUGUGAUGAGAGUGUGGUCCAGCGCUUGGAGCAGGAUUUUAAGGUGACCCUGCAGCAGCAGAGCUCUCUGGAUCAGUGGGCCACCUGGCUGGAUAUUGUGGUCAACCAGGUGCUGAAACCAUACGAGGGCAGCCCCAGCUUCCCCCGUGCCGCUCGACAGUUCCUGCUCAAGUGGUCCUUCUACAGCUCCAUGGUGAUCAGAGAUCUGACUCUGCGCUCAGCUGCAAGCUUUGGCUCCUUCCACCUCAUCCGUCUGCUCUACGAUGAAUACAUGUUCUAUUUGGUAGAGCACCGUGUCGCCCAGGCAACUGGAGAGACGCCCAUCGCUGUCAUGGGGGAGUUUAGUGACCUCACUUCAAUGAUGCCAUCACUCAUGGAGAAAGAUGCCUCAUUCUCAGAUGAUCUGGCCAGUGAUGGAGAUAUGUUAAGGAGCAUGAGUGACAGGGACUUGAGUGAGCCGGCCGUGAAGAGAGAGAGAAUUGAGAUUAAUCACUCCCUGCAGGAGAUCUAAGAGCAGGGAUCACAGUGUCAGCCUUGCCCCAGACCACUGCUGCCCCAGCCGGUUCACACCACUCCUUCUCUUCUCCUGUGUGUUUGGAUGUGUGUACAUCUGUUCCAAGUCGGUUGUGUUUAUUAGCUGUGGAUGCUUGGCUGCUGAUGGCAAAGCCAAGGCUUAUUGUGAGGUUUUUACUUUAUCUUGGGGGUACAUAGGUGUGUUUCAGGUCAGUUUGUCUUUCUGCUCUCUCCCCUUUACACUGCAAAAACUAAUUUUCAUACUCUUGAAUUCAUACUUUCAUAUUAAGUAUGUGUCUUGUUUUCCAGUAAAAUUAUCUAAAUAUCCUUUAAAACAAGAUACAUUUACUUAAAAUAUUAAGACUUGUUUUUAGAGCAUAUAUCUUAAAUUGCAUUUAAUUUAAUAAUUUUUAUUUUAAACCUUAUUAAAAAUUAGUUAGAUUUUUUUUAAAACAAGAAUGAGCUAAGAAAAAAACUUAACUCAGAAACAUGUUCUCUGAAAAAAGUCGUAAACAACUGUGUGCCUCAAGUAAAUGUAAGUUGUUUUAAAGCUGUUUAGAUAUUUUUACUGGAAAUCAAGAGAAAGAUAAUGAUUGAGAAAAUGAUUUUUUACAGUUUAGGUUUUCUGCAACCGUGAAACAAGAACGUGCUGUGCUAAAGGUGGAUUUUGUGUGUGCUUUUAUUUUGAUGUGCCAUAGUCUCUCAGUGCCUUAGAUGAGAAAAGAAACACUAGAGCAGAAUUGUCUCUCUCUUUCUGUCUUUCUCUGUUGUUCCUCGGCCGUGCCUCUAACCGCAGAAUGAAUGUAUCGUCUCAAAACCUCAGAUGUCUAAAGCACCUUUUAAAGAUAGUCACGUUUUUAGUAGUGCCAUUAAAGACCUUCUGCCUCGCCGUUUUCUGCGGUUCCUCAGGCGUAAAUGCAACUCGCUGACCCAAAGCUGCCCGUACAACUGCACCGCAGCGGUGACCAAAACCUGCUGUACAUGCAAAACCUCUCCAAAUGGAGGGUAAACUCUCAAUUCUUGCAGUUUUGUAGAUAAACCCCUGGCCAUAUGAGAUGAGUAGUCGAUACCUCAAUAGUUUUGAAUCUUCUUUGUCUAACUUUACUAUUGUUUAUAAAAAGUUAUUAUAAAAGAGAUUAUUUAAAUUGGUUCCUUCUGAUUGGUUGCCCUACAACCAUCACAUUCUCAUUCGAAAGUUCCAGGAUGUUCAUAUGCCAACUGUGUUGAUGGUUAUUAGCUCUGAGAAACCCAAGUACAACCACUCCCAAAUAUGGAUUGUGAAACAAAUAGACUAGUUUUGUAGUUUGUAGUCGAAGAGUUCUUGGUAGUUUACAGUGCUUUAUAAGAGCCUAGAUGAUUUGUGAAUAUAUUGAAAGUACCUGUGUGUGAAAAUAGGCGUGUACACAAGGCCUCCUGAAGUAACUGGAAGUGAGUGUGCGCCGACUAGGUUAUGUGAAUAGUUUUUGUGUAAUUUCAUUAAAACAAACAAAUGUACUGAGAUUUUUACAUAGCCUGUAUCCUUUUUUUUUUUAUAAAGAUAAAAAACAAAAUCUUUUUUGCAUAACAGAUUUAAGUAGAUAUUGUGUAUAUGUAAUGGCAAAAAGAGAUAAAUUGAAUGUUUUUAUGAGUGACAUGUUCCAACUCUAUAAAACGUCACAUCUAAGUAAAUUUUUCUUCAAGAUUUAGAAAAUCCAAAAGAGACCUGUCCAGUUACUGAAUAUGCAGAUACUUACAGAUACGACUCAUCAACUGGUGCUGUACAUCUUAUGUAAGAUCUAUUGAUUCAUUUUAACACUUGAUGGAAAGCUAUUUAUGUGCCCAACUGAUUGACGUGAAGCUGGAAACAUUUUCAGGAGAUAAUGUCAUGAAAUUUUAAUUGUUUUGACGAUGUUGCGCUGAACCAGGUUGGGAUCUUUACUGGUGCCUGGUAGCUGCCCAUUACGGGCCCUACAUGCCCCUCUCUGCUAUUUACAAAGAUAAAUAAUUUCUACUAGCUGUUUUGUGUUUGUUUCCAAGAAGUGAUUGGCUGAUGUUCUCUCACUGUGGUUGGUUGUGUGUGUCCGAACGCCUGGCACGGUUCUUUGCCUUUUGUGUGCUUGGGAAAGGGAACUUUGUCAUUUGUAUUGUUGUUUUUUGUAAUGCUGUUUAAAAGCUUCUGGCUAAGGAUUAUUUUUAUUGAGGUAGAUGCAAUUCUUCUCACUACUAUAUUGUUACCUUAUUUUUGCGUCUUUAAAAAAUUGCUCUCUAUUUAGCCUGAGAACAGACUACAGUCUGUAACAACUGCUUAGUUCGACUGUAUUUUGUACUGGUAAAAAGUGUAAUAAAUUUGUGUAAACCA